AUGCGGCAGCCUGUCCCCCGCAGCCGCCGCCCCCUCCUGCUGGGGCUGCUGCUCUCGCUUCUCGCUGCUGCCUCCGCCGCGGCCUCCACCGCCAGCCCGGGCCCCCGCCACGCCGUCGAGGUUGCGGGGAUCCCAGGCCGCCCGGCCGGUGUCCCUGCUUGUCGCUGCUGCCCAGGCCAAUCGCUCAGAAGGAGCCACUGCUUCCGAGCCUCCUGCAGGGGCCAGAACUGCACCGCCCCCAAGUGCGCAGGUGCUCGGCCGUGUCUGACCCCGGUGCCCCCAAGCCCCAGCCCCAGCGUGAAGAAGAGACAGGUGUCCCUUAACUGGCAGCCGCUGACACUACAGGAGGCCCGAGCAUUGCUGAAACGGCGGCGGCCCCGCGGGCCAGGGGGCCGAUCCCUACUGAGAAGGAGGCCCCCCCAGCGCGCCCCUGUCGGCCAGGCCCCGGUCCUGUGUCCCUUGAUCUGUCACAACGGCGGUGUGUGCUUGAGGACGGACCGCUGCCUCUGUCCCCCGGACUUCGCUGGCAAGUUCUGCCAGUUGCAUUCUUCGGGUGCCCGGCCCCCCGCCCCGUCCACGCCAGGUCACACCCGCUCAGUGUACACCAUGCCUCUGGCCAACCACCGCGACGACGAGCACGGCGUGGCGUCCAUGGUGAGCGUGCACGUGGAGCACCCACAGGAGGCGUCCGUGGUGGUGCACCAGGUGGAGCGAGUGUCUGGGACGUGGGACGAGGCGAAGGCCGAGGCGGCGGCGCGCGCCGAAGCGGCGGCGCCCUACACGGUGCUGGCGCAGAGCGCGCCGCGCGAGGACGGCUACUCGGACGCGUCGGGCUUCGGCUACUGCUUCCGGGAGCUGCGCGGCGGCGACUGCGCGUCCCCGCUGCCGGGGCUCCGGACUCAGGACGUUUGCUGCCGAGGGGGCGGCUUGGCCUGGGGCGUCCACGACUGUCAGCCGUGCUCCGAGUACUUGGGGAACACUGACAGAGGAGUGGAUGGACCUUGUCCAACCGGCUUUGAAAGGGUUAAUGGGUCCUGCCAAGAUGUGGAUGAGUGUGCCACAGGUGGGCGAUGCCAACACGGAGAGUGUGCGAACACACGUGGUGGCUACACAUGCGUGUGCCCCGAUGGGUUCCUGCUUGACUCCUCCCGGAGCAGCUGCAUCUCUCAACAUGUGAUCUCAGAGGCCAAGGGGCCUUGCUUCCGAGUGCUCCGCGACGGUGGCUGCUCGCUGCCCAUUCUGCGGAACAUCACCAAACAGAUCUGCUGCUGCAGUCGCGUGGGCAAAGCCUGGGGCCGCGGCUGCCAGCUCUGUCCACCCUACGGCUCAGAGGGCUUUCGGGAGAUCUGUCCUGCCGGCCCAGGCUACCACUAUUCCGCCUCUGAUCUCCGUUACAACACUCGGCCUCUGAGUCAGGACCCACCCCGCGUGUCUGUCAGCCAGACCAGGCCCUUGCCUGCCACCACCAGGCCACCCACAGAGUCCAGAACUGAACGUCGCCCACAGUCCCGGCCUGAGCAUCGACUGGAUUCCCGACCUGAACGUCGGCCGGAUUCCCAGCCUGAGUAUCGACCUGAUCCCCGGCCUGAACGUCGGCCGGAUUCCCAGCCUGAGUAUCGACCUGAUCCCCGGCCUGAAUAUCGGCCUGAUUCCCGUCCUGAACGUCGGCAAGAUCCCCGUCCUGAACGUCGGCCCGAUUCCCGUCCUGAACGUCUGCCUGAUUCCCGGCCUGAGCAUCGACCCGAUCCCCGGCCGGAACAUCGGCCUGACCCCCGACCCGAGCGCCGGCCAGAGCCCAGACCCGGCCCUGAGCUUCCUGUUCCCAGCAUCCCAGCCUGGACUGGCCCUGAGACCCCCGAAACAGGUGCCUGUCAGCGAAAUCCUCAGGUCUGUGGUGCAGGACGCUGCAUCCCCCGACCCAGCGGCUACACCUGCGCUUGUGACCCCGGAUACAGACUCAGCCCUCAGGGCACACGCUGCAUCGACGUGGACGAAUGUCGCCGGGUACCCACACCUUGUACUCCUGGGCGCUGCGAAAACACGCCUGGCAGCUUCCGUUGCGUGUGUGGCCGGGGCUACCGAGCUGGCCCACGAGCUACGGAGUGCCUGGAUGUGAAUGAGUGUCACCGCGUGCCACCACCCUGUGACCGCGGACGCUGUGAGAACACACCAGGCAGCUUCCUGUGUGUGUGCCCAGCCGGGUAUCAGGCCGAGACCCAUGGAGCCAGCUGCCAGGAUGUGGACGAGUGCAUCCAGAGCCCGGGCCUGUGUGGCCGCGGGGUGUGUGAGAACCUGCCUGGCAAUUUCCGCUGUGUGUGCCCAGCUGGCUUCCGCGGCUCCUCCUGUGAGGAGGAUGUGGAUGAGUGUGCCCAGGUGCCACCGCCCUGCGGGCCGGGACGCUGUGACAAUACCAUGGGCUCCUAUCACUGUGCAUGCCCCUCUGGCUUCCGCUCCCGAGGGCCCGGUGCCCCCUGCCAAGAUGUGGAUGAGUGUGCCCGAAGCCCCCAGCCAUGUAACUAUGGCCGAUGCGAGAACACAGAGGGCAGCUUCCGGUGUGUCUGUCCCACCGGUUUCCAACCGAAUGCAGCCGGCUCUGCGUGCGAGGAUGUGGAUGAGUGUGAGAACCACUUGGCAUGUCCGGGACAGGAGUGUGUCAACUCGCCUGGCUCGUUCCAGUGUAGGGCCUGUCCUGUCGGUCACCACCUGCUCCAAGGCCGCUGCACCGAUGUGGAUGAAUGUAGUUCGGGCGCCUCCUGCGGUCCCCAUGGCCACUGCACCAACACUGAAGGCUCUUUCCGCUGCACCUGUGCCCCGGGCUACCGGGCUCCAUCAGGCCAGCCUGGGCCCUGUGCAGACGUGAAUGAGUGCCUGGAGGGAGACUUUUGCUUCCCGCACGGCGAGUGCCUCAACACUGACGGUUCCUUUGCCUGCACCUGUGCUCCCGGAUACCGGCCCGGACCCCGCGGAGCCUCUUGCCUUGACGUGGACGAGUGUAGUGAGGAAGAUCUUUGCCAGAGCGGCAUCUGCACCAACACCGACGGUUCUUUCGAGUGCGUCUGUCCCCCUGGACAUCGCGCCAGCCCUGACCAAGCCUCCUGCCAGGACGUGGACGAAUGUCGCGAGCAGGGUCCAGCCCUGUGCGGGUCGCAGCGCUGUGAGAAUUCUCCCGGCUCCUACCGUUGUGUCCGUGACUGUGAUCCCGGUUACCACGCGGGCCCCGAGGGCACCUGUGAUGAUGUGGAUGAGUGCCAAGAAUACGGCGCCUCAAUUUGUGGGACCCAGCGCUGCGAGAACACCCCUGGCUCCUACCGCUGUGUGCCAGCUUGUGAGCCUGGCUAUCAGCCCACGCCCGGUGGAGGAUGCCAGGAUGUGGAUGAAUGCCGGAACCGAUCCUUCUGCGGGGCCCAUGCUGUGUGCCAGAACCUGCCCGGCUCCUUUCAGUGCCUCUGUGACCAGGGCUACGAGGGGGCGAGGGACGGGCGUCACUGCGUGGAUGUGAAUGAGUGUGAGACCCUGCAGGGCGUGUGUGGAACUGCCCUGUGUGAGAAUGUGGAGGGCUCCUUCCUCUGUGUCUGCCCCACCAGCCCCGAGGAGUUUGAUCCCAUGACGGGGCGCUGUGUUCCCCCAAGGCGUUCUUCAGGUUCUUCAGGUACAUUCCCAGGUUCGCAAGCCCAGGCCCCUGCCAGCCCAAAUUUACCAGCCAGACCAGCCCAGCCACCACCAUCAGCCCGCCGUCCCAACCCGCCCAGGCAGGGCCCAGUGGGCAGCGGGCGCCGGGAGUGCUACUUUGACACUGCGGCUCCUGACGCCUGUGACAACAUCCUGGCAAGGAACGUGACGUGGCAGGAGUGCUGCUGCACGGUGGGCGAGGGCUGGGGCAGCGGCUGCCGCAUCCAGCAGUGCCCCGGCACAGAGACAGCCGAGUACCAGUCGUUGUGCCCCCAUGGUCGGGGCUACCUGGCACCGAGCGGAGACCCCAGUCUCCGGAGAGAUGUGGACGAAUGCCAGCUCUUCCGGGACCAGGUGUGCAAAAGCGGCGUGUGCGUGAACACGGCUCCCGGCUACUCGUGUUACUGCAGCAACGGCUUCUACUACCAUGCCCGGCGGAUGGAGUGCGUCGAUAACGACGAAUGUGCCCUUGAUAACGAUGACGAGGAACCGGCUUGCGAGGGCGGCCACUGCGUCAACACCGUGGGCUCCUACCACUGCACCUGCGAGGAGCCGCUAGUGCUGGACGGCUCUCGGCGCCGCUGCGUGACCAAUGAGAGCCAGAGCCUAGAUGACAAUCUGGGGGUGUGCUGGCAGGAAGUGGGGGUCGACCUGGUAUGCAGUCGCCCUCGGCUGGACCGCCAGGCCACCUACACCGAGUGCUGCUGCCUGUACGGGGAGGCCUGGGGCAUGGACUGUGCCCUCUGCCCUGCCCAGGACUCAGAUGAUUUUGAGGCCCUGUGCAACGUGCUGCGCCCCCCGGCAUAUAGUCCCCCGCGGCCUGGGGGCUUUGGACCCCCUUACGAGUACGGCCCAGACCUAGGCCCACCUUACCAGAGCCCUCCCUAUGGGCCCGAGGUGUACCCGCCACCUGUGCUCCCCUACGAUCCCUACCCACCGCCCCCUGGUUCUUUCCCCCGCCGAGAGGACCCCUACCCACCACCACCUCCCCCGGGUCCCUUCCCCCGCCGGGAAGACCCUUAUCCACCGCCUCCUCCACCUGGACCCUUCCCCCGUCGGGAAGACCCCUACCCACCACCUCCGCCCCCCGGACCCUUCCCCCGCCGGGAAGAUCCCUACCCACCGCCCCCGCCCCCCGGACCCUUCCCCCGCCGGGGAGACCCCUACCCACCACCUCCUCCCCCAGGGCCCUUCCCUCGCCGGGAAGAUCCCUACCCACCGCCCCCGCCCCCCGGACCCUUCCCCCGCCGAGUGGACCCCUAUCCACCACCCCCCGGGCCGUUUGCCCGCCGGGAGGCCCCCUUCGGGGCACCCUUCGACAUGCCCGAUUUUGAGGACGACGAGGAGAGCGAAGGUGUCCCCUAUGGCGAAUCUGAGGACCCCGUGCCGUCUGACCCGGGCACCCGAUGGCGCUAUCGACCCCGCGACACUCGUGGCUCCUUCUCUGAGCCCGAGGAGGCCUCGGAAGGUAGAGGUUAUGCUGCAGGUGCAGGCGCACUGGCUGGGCCCUACGAGGGGCUGGAGGCCGAGGAAUGUGGGAUCCUGGACGGCUGCGCCCAUGGCCGCUGCGUGCGCGUCCCCGAGGGCUUCACCUGCGACUGCUUCGACGGCUACCGCCUGGACACGACACGGAUGUCCUGCGUCGAUAUCAACGAGUGCGACGAGUCGGAGCUGGACGCCCCACUCUGCGUCAACGCGCGCUGUGUCAACACCGACGGCUCCUUCCGCUGCGUCUGCCGCCCGGGCUUCGCCCCCACGCACCAGCCACACCACUGCGCGCCCGCGCGACCCCGAGCCUGAGCCCCAAGCGCCCCGCGCCUGCGCACUCGGGGCCCGGCGUCCCGCCCCCCCAGCCUGCGCGCGUGCGCACUGGUGACCCCAUCCCGGUUCCGGGCCCCUGAUGCAGUGGGGCCCCUCGGGGCCCGCACCCACAGCAUCCUUCACGUUCCUCCUGCUCUCCUUUUUAUACAAUUUUUUUUUUUCAAUUAAAAACACCUAUUUUGUA